CGCACCAAAAUGUCAGAAUCAGCUGUCAGUAACGCGAAUUUUUCAAAUUUAUUCUGUUUCUGUUUUUAUUUAUAAAGAGUUUUAAAUUUUUAUAUACUAGAUAUUAUAAUACAUAACGCUGGGCGAUUUGUUAUAAUAGGGGAUCGUUUUAAAUUGAUCUUUAUUGACCUAUAUUUUAUUAAUAGAUAUAGUUUAUAGCAAAAUUGCGAAUUAGAAGCAAUAAUGACGCUGUUACUGAAGAGCGUGUGGCGGAAUGUGUUGAAAGGCAGUCCAUUGAGCAAAUCACUGCGGAGCCGAAGUCUCACUUCCAGUAUAGCAUCAGAGGUGACAGGUACCAGGUCGCCGGAUGCCGUAAUGACGAGCAUCAAGGCAGCCCCCACUGCAGCUGAAGUGCUCGCUGCAGUCAACGCUAACAUGCCCAACAUGAACCACAAACACAUGCUGCAGGCAUUACGGUGUCUCUUUGAGCUGCAGAAAUCUGGCCACUUAGAAACAGACACCGAAAAAUUAGUAGCAAACCCCACAUUUGGAGUUCUAUGUCAGAAUUUUAAGAAGCACGCUCGGGCUCUCGACGUGAACGAGGCAAUAGAGGCCACGAAGGUUCUCUCAUAUCUGAGGGUGCCAGCCGACUCCAUGGUCGUGCAGACCAUGCUGCAGCUCGUCCGGUGCUACAUCAACAUGAUCAGCAUCCGGCAGAUCAUGUUCCUCGACUUCCUGCUCACGAAGUUCGACGGCUCAAACCACUUAGUUGACGCCUUAAAGUUAGCACUGCCCCUAGCAUUCCAAAUACACCUUCCUUAUGAGCUGGAUAAGAAAGACCUGCCACUGCUGAAAGACAUGCUGGCUUACAGCUGCACCCACGACCUGCCAGACAGGUACAUCAACAACAUAGUGACAGGACUGCUCCUACACGAUCAGGUCAUUGAUGCCAAUAUCGCGAAGUCCGUCAUCUGGUCUUUGUGCCAAGUCAAUUGUACAGAGGAGAUGUUCCCAACAAGAGUGCAGCUCUUGCAUAUCUGCUACGACAUACUGACGCAGAGAAUAGACCAGCUGACGUACGACGAGGUGCUGAUGACGGCUGCCAGGAUCAAGGGCCGGAUCCUGGAGAAGCACCACGAGUAUUACCAUGAACAGCUAAUGGACGCUAUCUCUAGUUAUGUGGUGACUCAAGAUGUGGACUUCGAUAAGGGGUUGCUGGUUGCCAGGGUUAUGUCCAGGAUUGCUCACACACAUCUAGGUAUCGUGGGAUACCUCUGCGAUAAAGCGGCCUCCAACCCCACAACCCUAUCUACCGCUCGCACCAACAUCCUCUUCGGCUUCAUAAACUGUCUGGCGAAUAACAACUUCAUACCAGGCAAAGAACAGUGGCUGGAAAUCCGAAACCAGAUAGCCGAGAACCCGGUGUUUGAUGGCAAAAACACUGCUUUACCCUGGACCAAGAUAUGCCUCGAACUAGCGUCCCUAGGAUACUAUGAUGAUAAACUACUUUCCCGGGUGUUUUCUAAGGAGAAUGUCAGUCAGUUUUCUGAUAAAGAGAAUAAUGCUUUAGACUACCUCCAGCUGUUGACGUUAUAUGAAGCGGUUAAGUCUUUCCACGAUGAGAGCUACACACUUCCAGAAGAUUUGCUGGAGAAAGCGAAGUCAGUGUACCCGAUACAUAAGAAGACAGAGGUGAUAGAAGAAUAUUUGUCUACUGGGUUGGGGGGAGCGGAAUACGUCGUGACGAAUGUCGUGCUACCCAAUGGAUUCAUUGCUGAUUGCCUGAUCUGCCUGAAAGGAGGCUAUCCAGUGCAGUUCCCGAUCGGCACCAGCAACAUGAAGGUUCCUGUUGGAAUGCUCAAUAUUCCGCCCGGUUCUAUACCGGUGUGCCUCCUAAACUUCCAACCAGGCUGCUUCUCAAUGAACAGCAACCGCCUUCGAGGCACCUUCCGCCUAGUCCUGGAUAUCCUUGAGAAGCAGGGCUACGCCGCCGUGGCUAUCAACGUGACGGAGUUCCUGGCGGCACCUCCGCACGAGAGGACCCCCUACCUCCUCAGAGAGGUCGGCUACAAGUGUGGAGAGAUAGGCAUGAAGCUUGCGGCCACUUGAACCAGGGUGUUACCUCGUAGAAUUUUGAUUAAGGACUCCGGACGAGGAUGUAAAAUUGUUUGUGAAUUAAAUGACGUUUUAGUAUUGA